AUGGGUAAGCGAAGCCAUCUCGAGCCAACUGAGCAGCGACCGAAGAAAAAGUCCAAGUCCGAGAAGCCCGCAAAAGCUUCUAAAGAUAAGCAGGAAAAUGGAGAUGAGAACACUGCAUCUUAUUCUGAUGCAUCUGCUCUAUCCGAGAUCCCUCAGUCGGACAUUGACAGUUUUUUGACCGAGAACGUGAUUAAAAUCUCUGAUCCCUCCUCACCCGACGCCUCCCAAUUCCGCCCAAUCCUUUCGUUUGAUCACCUACCUAAAUGUGAUGUUGUCCACUACGUGGCCGCUUCUUUUGCUGGCCGUGAUGUGAUUGGUAUCGCAGAGACUGGAAGUGGCAAGACCCUGGGUUUUGGCUUGCCGUGUCUGAAGAAAUUGAUUGACUCCAAGUCAAGCAAGCCUUGUCAACCCAAGGCAGUGGUUAUUUCACCAACGCGAGAGCUUGCAAUGCAGAUUUAUGACCAGCUUGUUAAAUUCGGCGGCACUGAGAAGACUCAGGUGACAUGCAUUUAUGGAGGUGUGGGCAAAGACGACCAGCGUCGGGCUCUCCAAAAGGCCGCCAUUGUGGUUGCCACCCCUGGCCGUCUCAAGGAUCUCCAGAAUGAUGGUUCGAUUGAUCUUGGAAAGGUCAACUACCUCGUCUUGGAUGAGGCAGAUCGCAUGCUUGACAAAGGAUUUGAGCAGGAUAUCAAGGACAUCGUCAAGCCAAUGCCCGUCUCAAGGAGACAGACUGUCAUGUUUACCGCAACAUGGCCCCGGUCGGUUCGAGAUCUCGCUGCAACCUUUAUGAAGACCCCGGUAACUGUUACCAUUGGCGGAGACCCAUCUGCGGAUCCCCGAGCCAACACAAGGAUCAAGCAAGUCAUCGAGGUUGUUGAUGGCAGAGACAAGGAGGGCCGACUCGUGCAACUGCUCACUAAAUCUCAGCGUGGUCAUCAAACGCCCGAGAAAGUCCUGGUUUUCUGUCUAUACAAGAAGGAGGCUAUGCGCAUUGAGAAUCUCAUCAGAAACAAGGGAUUCUCAGUCGCCGGUAUUCACGGUGAUUUGAACCAAUCAGAUAGAUUCCGAAAUCUUGAUGCUUUCAAGAAAGGCAGUGCUACCGUUCUUGUCGCAACCGAUGUGGCAGCGCGUGGCCUUGAUAUCCCGAACGUGAAACUGGUGAUUAAUGUCACCUUCCCUCUUACUGUUGAGGACUACGUGCACCGGAUUGGAAGAACUGGACGUGCUGGAGCUGAGGGCCUUGCCAUCACUAUGUUUACUGAAACUGACAAGGGACUGUCCGGCGGAUUGAUCAAUGUUCUCAAGGCAGCUAAGCAAGAUGUGCCAGAAUCUCUCUUGAAGUUUGGCACAACAGUCAAGAAGAAGCAGCACGAUGUGUACGGUGCCUUUUACAAGGACGUUGAUAUGGACAAGACAGCGACAAAGAUCACAUUUGACGAUUAA